UUAGGCCGGAGGAGGCCCGAGACAUUUCAUCCCAGAUGAUCGGUCGAAAGCUGUACACCAAGCAGACCGGGGAGGCGGGUCGUAUCUGCAACCAGGUGUUCAUCUGUGAGCGCAGGUAUCCACGCAGAGAGUACUACUUCGCCAUCACCAUGGAGAGGUCCUAUCAGGGCCCAGUGUUGAUUGGCAGCUCGCAGGGGGGCGUGAACAUUGAAGAUGUUGCAGCAGAAAACUCAGACGCCAUUGUGAAGGAGCCCAUCGACAUUGUGGAGGGCAUUAAGAUGGAGCAGGCUGUCAAGAUACGAUCAAUAGCAGAUUUAACAAGUCACAAAACAGACUGGAGAUGUUCCCACCAUGUGCGGUGGGCUGCAGCAGAAAUCGAAGACGAGGAAGAAGAGGCGAUGGUGACUGUGUUGUGUGUGUUCCUGCUGCAAUCUUUAAAUCCCACAGGGCUGGCUUUUAUUUUAAGAAGGAAAAGUAUUUUCUAAAGACGACGCAGGUCCAGUCUAGAACUAGAACU